AUGUCAUUUGAGCAUGCUCCCGUUUCCAAAGGUCUAAUAGUGGGCUGUGCCCUGUCGUCAAUCACUGUUGGACUGUUCGAUGUGAAGCACUACUUCCAUCUCCAGCUCGUGCCCCACCUUUCUCGUCACCAUCAAUAUUGGCGAUUGGGCUUACAUCACUUCGCGUUUUCAAACUCCAGUGACCUCUUCCUGGCGGUCUUGAUACUUUACUCAACGGGCGUGGUCAUUGAACGGCGCUUUGGCUCCAUCAAAUUUGCAUCUUUUAUCCUUGCGUCGCUGUUCGUAUCGACGAUCUUGGAAUUCGUUGCAUUGAUUCUGUUCCAUCGAGUUGGCCUUAAUUAUAUCCCCUCCGGUCCCUCAGCGCUCGUAUUCAACAUACUCUAUCAAUAUUCGCGCAGCGUGCCGUUUGUGUAUCAAUUUCGCAUCUUCGGCAUACCAUUGAACAACAAGAGUUUCACCUAUGUCCUCGCAUUACAGCUAGCGUUAAGCCACCUCCCAGGCUCUGGAGCUUCAGCCCUCAUUGGCGUUUUAACGGGGAUACUAUAUCGGUCGGACAUUGCUAACCUAAAGGCGUACCGUGUAUCACCGCAAGUGGUGUUGUUCGCCAGGAACUAUCUGCGACCGCUAAUUGGCACAACGCGUCCCCAGCGACGGUCAAACCUUGCCCUUCCUGAUGGUGUAGCGACGACUCCAGUAGUCGGGGCUAGCAAUUCUGCGGAGACGCUUUUGCGAGAAGAAGUCGUGACGACAGCAAGACGCUCGGAGCAAGGUGGUACUACGACGGGCGACAGUGCCUCACCUAGUAGCGAGGCUGCGGCGACGACUGGCCCAUCCGUGAUGCGAGAAUGGGUCAAUGAAUUAACGGGGAGAACGGAUCGUGCUAAUGCAGGCAUCCGUGUCCCUACGGAUGCAGAGGUCGUUCAAGUCUCUACCAUGUUUCCUGAUCUUGACCGGGAUGUGAUUGUUGGGGCUCUCCAACGCAGCUCCAACAUAGAAGCAGCUGUUGAGACAUUGCUGGGUUCUCAGACGCAGACUUCCUGA